CAGCCUCCGCUGACAGCCAGUCGCUGUAGCCCUAUAGCCACUCCCACACGCACGCCACCUACGUCAAUAGUUCCUGCAUCAGCGAGGGAGGUAAACACAUUGCACACGUUAUUACUUACAGACCUCGGAGGUCCUGUCCGCCAUUUGCGCGGCUGUUUAUGCAACGUUGUGCUGCUGGAGGGACACAGCGACUGACAGAGCUGCGCGGUUACUAACACUUCAAACUUCCCCACAAAAAGAAGUGCUCCGCAUGGAUUAACCACUACACAGUACAUCUAGCAACUGCGUCUCGCUGGAGGUCAAAGGGCGGAGGUCAAGAUGGCGGGUGUCGAGGAGGGCGAGAAGCAGCCUCUGCAACCCACGGUCCAGCCUCGAGACAAGUGGCUCCACCUGGCGUCGUACGGAGCUCGGGUGUGGGGCCUCGUCACCAUUGCAGUCAUGUGGGCCGCCACUGUCACCUCUCUCCAGGGUUACUAUGAUGUGGAGAAAUAUGCCAUCUACUACUUGCUGGCAGCCAGCGUGGUGCUGACCUUCUUCGAGAUCACGUGGAUUCUGGACAAGAUCGCGUGCUGCGUGCGUGCAGGCUGCUGCUGUAUCUGCUGGUCCGGGGUGUUGUGGGUGGAGAACUGGCGCAAGUUCCUGCUCUACGCCUGCCUCAGUGUCCCGCUCUUUCUUCAAGGCUUUCGCUUUGUCUUCGGCGUCGUCAGCGGAUUCUGUUUGGUGAUACUCGCCUGCCUCUACCUCCUCAAAACCUUCAGCAAAAUGGCCACCAACAAGGCGCAACCACCCCCUCAGCAGCCCGCGGUGGUGAAGCACGAGAUGGCUGUGCAGACCGAGGUCGGGUGGGUGUCGGAGGAGCAGACACGAGACCCCGGGCCUCGAACCCGACAGCCCCUGGAACCACAGGAUCCGACCGCCGGCGCAGGGGAGCAUCCUCACCAUCAGGGCGAGACUUCACUGGCAGAGCACUGAUCUCCGGCUCCCUGCUUCUUUUUCAGUUUUGACAUUUUUCGAUUGAUAGAAGACUUUACAAACCUGUGGUUCUGACUUCUUUAUGAACUGUGAAUGUUUGUUUCUUACUUGUAGGUCUUCACAACAGCACAACAAUCCAGGAGUGAAGGUAUAAAUGUUUCAGCACUGAUGACGAUCACCACUGACCUGAUGAUUUGUUUUGGCUUUUUGAAAAAAAAAAAAACUGUUCGGCUUGGGGUUUGGCCUGGACUGGCUGUUAUGUAGUAGGUGUUACUGAAAGAUAAAUAAACUUGAACGAAUUUGUAAACGUUCACACGAAGCAAUGUUCGUAGAAAGUUGAACUCGCAUAUUCUCUACUAGUGAAAUAGAAUACAUGGUAUAGAAGUAGUCCCCAAAUUAGCAUUUCAUUUUGUCAAAAUUAGAAUAUCAGCACAAUUAAAUUAAAAAAAAAUAAAUAAAGCUCCUAUCUUCUAGAACUUAAGCCCUCUUAUAGACAAGGCCUUCACUCCAUUAAUAGAAUGGGAAAGAUUAUGCAAGAUAUAUAUAAUUAAAGAUGUAUAUAUUAACAUGUCGCCUCAUAAUAAUAUAGUAACACGUGACAUAUCCAUUCAGUACUAGAAAUUAAAGUAUAAAACUUUUAAAAAUAUAAACAAAAAGCCUGCGGUAAAAUAGUAAUUGCAGGUAUGGGUAAACAUAAUGACAUAGGAUCAAUAAAUACAGUAAAAUAAAAUACACCAAAGCCUACAAUGUUCUGACUAGAAGGUAAUCAGAGAUGAACAUACCCGACUACCUUUGCAGACAAAGUGUGAAAACUGUCAUGUCUGAUUUCUAUAAGAAUAGAAUGAAGACUUUCUUCUUUUUUUUUUUCAGGAUAUGUCAUUCUCAUAGGUUUAAAAAUCGAGUGCCUUAUUGACAGUCUUGAAAGAUAUUUUGUUGCUCUACCAAUCGAGAAAGUUCUUUCAGCUGAGUCCUUAAACUUGUCUUUCAAUACAAUAGUUGUGAACUGUUUACAUGUGCAUGUUAGUUUUAUUCUAAUGAGUUGGUGAAUAAAAUUUCUACUGAUAACAACAAACA